AUGCCUUUCAAACUGAGGGAGUCCUCUGACAACUAUUAUGAGUUAGUAGUGUCACAGCCACUAGACCGGGAGAAGGUCCCAGAAUAUGACAUCACGUUCACUGUGACGGACAGAGGCUCUCCUCCUUUAUCUGACAAUGAAACGAUGACGUUAGAACUGCUGGAUGUAAAUGACAAUGUUCCACAGUUCCCUCAGUCAUUUUAUACGAUACGUGUGAUGGAGAAUAACGCACCUGGGGCCCUGCUCAGUUCACUCACUGCGUUUGACCCUGACCUCCAUGAAAACCAGUACCUAGUGUACUUCAUCCUGGAGAGGGAGAUAGCCAACACCUCCAUGUCCAUGCUGUUCUCCAUCAAUCCAGAGAACGGUAAUCUGUACGCACUGAAAACCUUUGACUAUGAGAUCGAGAGCGAGUUUCUUUUCCACAUCGAGGCCAGAGACUCUGGCUCUCCUCCACUCAGCAGCAACGUGACGGUCCACAUCAUCAUAGUGGACCAGAACGACAACGCUCCGGUGAUCGUCUCUCCGUGGCGCGCACACGGCUCGGUGGUGGAGGAAAAGAUCCCCAGAUCCACCGAUAAAGGCUCUCUGGUGGCCAAAGUGAUCGCCUUGGACACCGACUCGGUGCACAACUCUCGGAUUACGUACCAGUUUCUACAAGUGACUGACGCCACCUUGUUCAGUCUGGAUCAGUACAACGGAGAGAUCCGGACUAUGAGGAUGUUCAGCUACAGAGACCCGCGUCACCAGCGACUGGUUGUUGUUGCAAAGGACAACGGGCAGCCCACUCUCUCCGCUACAGUCACCAUCAAGCUGUCCACAGUGGAGACGGCCGUGAAGGCCUACUCGGACAUGACGGAGGUGCCUCUGGAAUAUGACAUCUUCUCAGACCUCAACCUGUAUUUGGUCAUCGGCCUGGGCUCGGUGUCAUUUCUCCUGCUGAUCACCAUUCUGGUCACCAUCGUGCUCAAGUGUCAGAAACCCAAGCCCAGCAAAGCGGCUCCUCCCUGCAGGAACAGUGUGCUCAGUGAGAGGAACUCCACCAUCGCAGACUCCACGCUGGUCUCCAACGAUGCCUACUGGUACAGUCUGUUUCUAGCAGAGACCAGGAAGGGGAAGAUGGUGGUUAGACAGCCGGUGCCAAAGGGCUCCAGAUACUUCGUGUCCAGCAUACCAAGAGGCACAGGACUGACAUACACUAGUGACUCAGCGGCUUCAACACUGCAGAGUCCAGUCAAGGAAAACAUAGAAUUAGACACAGUGAUAGCUGUAGUUAGUGUCAGUGAUAAAGACUCUGGGGUCAAUGGAGUGGUUGACCUUCAUAUUCCAGAUAACAUGCCUUUCAAACUGAGGGAGUCCUCUGAUAACUAUUAUGAGUUAGUAGUGUCACAGCCACUAGACCGGGAGAAGGUCCCGGAAUAUGACAUCACGUUCACUGUGACGGACAGAGGCUCUCCUCCUUUAUCUGACAAUGAAACGAUGACGUUAGAACUGCUGGAUGUAAAUGACAAUGUUCCCCAGUUCCCUCAGUCAUUUUAUAUGAUACGUGUGAUGGAGAAUAACGCACCUGGGGCCCUGCUCAGUUCACUCACUGCGUUUGACCCUGACCUCCAUGAAAACCAGUACCUAGUGUACUUCAUCCUGGAGAGGGAGAUAGCCAACACCUCCAUGUCCAUGCUGUUCUCCAUCAAUCCAGAGAACGGUAAUCUGUACGCACUUAAAACCUUUGACUAUGAGAUCGAGAGCGAGUUUCUUUUCCACAUCGAGGCCAGAGACUCUGGCUCUCCUCCACUCAGCAGCAACGUGACGGUCCACAUCAUCAUAGUGGACCAGAACGACAACGCCCCGGUGAUCGUCUCUCCGUGGCGCGCACACGGCUCGGUGGUGGAGGAAAAGAUCCCCAGAUCCACCGAUAAAGGCUCUCUGGUGGCCAAAGUGAUCGCCUUGGACACCGACUCGGUGCACAACUCUCGGAUUACGUACCAGUUUCUACAAGUGACUGACGCCACCUUGUUCAGUCUGGAUCAGUACAACGGAGAGAUCCGGACUAUGAGGAUGUUCAGCUACAGAGACCCGCGUCACCAGCGACUGGUUGUUGUUGCAAAGGACAACGGGCAGCCCACUCUCUCCGCUACAGUCACCAUCAAGCUGUCCACAGUGGAGACGGCCGUGAAGGCCUACUCGGACAUGACGGAGGUGCCUCUGGAAUAUGACAUCUUCUCAGACCUCAACCUGUAUUUGGUCAUCGGCCUGGGCUCGGUGUCAUUUCUCCUGCUGAUCACCAUUCUGGUCACCAUCGUGCUCAAGUGUCAGAAACCCAAGCCCAGCAAAGCGGCUCCUCCCUGCAGGAACAGUGUGCUCAGUGAGAGGAACUCCACCAUCGCAGACUCCACGCUGGUCUCCAACGAUGCCUACUGGUACAGUCUGUUUCUAGCAGAGACCAGGAAGGGGAAGAUGGUGGUUAGACAGCCGGUGCCAAAGGGCUCCAGAUACUUCGUGUCCAGCAUACCAAGAGGCACAGGACUGACAUACACAAGUGACUCAGCGGCUUCCACUCUGCAGGUAUGGACUUAA